CGUCCUCUCCAUCUCUCAACACGAAAAAAAAAACAUUUUUUUUCAUCAUACAUAUGCGAAGCAUAUCAUGAGCAACAUCCCCAGAUCUCUCACCGACUCUUCUCUUUCUCUCUUCCUCCUCACAAUCUCCUCAUCCGUAGAUCCCUGGCCUUUCUCUAUCUCCUCCGUCUUCUAAUCGCCGGAAAACCACCAUAUCUCACCGGAAAAAAGCUUUCCGACCGUCGUGAUAUUUGUCUGAAAAUUAAAUGGGCUUCGGACACCAGAAACACCAGACCCGCCAGAGACACAACAACCAGGACCAGAUGAUAUUUAAGUUCCAUUUCCACGUGCCACAUCUCCACUUCCAUCAUCAUCACCAUCAUCCAAGAGGGUUUAUGACGAUCAUGGUGGGGCAUGAGGACGACGAAGGGCUCCAUAGAUUUGUGAUUCCGGUGAUAUAUGUGAACCAUCCUCUGUUCUUGAGGCUGUUGAAAGAGGCAGAAGAAGAAUACGGAUUCAAUCACGACGGUCCGAUCACGAUCCCUUGCCACGUGGAUGAAUUCCGACACGUUCAGGACAUCAUCGACGAAGAAACUCACCGCCGUCACAGCCACGACCACAGCCAUCAUUUCUCGUGUUUCAAGGUCUAAUAUUAUAAUUAGUGUUUCGAUUUGUUGGGUUUUGUAUUUUAUUUUAUUUUUUUUCCGAUCUUUGGAUUGAUCAUAUGUUUGGUUUGAUCCUUUGACGCGGAGACUCAGGAGUUUCCGUAUUGUUUUAGUUGAUGAUGAUGAAAAAUGCAAAAGGAAAUCGAAUGUGAAUAAUUUAAUUAUUCUAUCUUUAUAUCAUUAUAUUGAUUGUGAAAAUAAAGAAAAUUGUUGAUUCGUUA